UACCUCGCCUCUGGGAGGAGACAGAAGCGCGCGGCCGAACUAUCUAUUAAGACACACAGAAAGAGCUGAUUUACUUAACGAAGUUCUGACAGAUGCAUGGCGGCAGUCUAGCCUGUAAUAUAGUCGAGCAAUCGCGAAAUACGAUUGUUACGGGUAUAAGGAAACUAAGAGGUAUGCCAGUGGUCGAAAGAAACGUCAGAAUUCCCAAAUGGGAAGCGCGUCAAAGAAGUGUACCUGGAGCGUGUUUAUGAUAUAGUCAAGAACAACUGAGUACAUAAGAGGACUCUGAGAGAAAAAAAAACACGGUCCAAAACAUGGUCUGGUUUGUUUCCACUAACUCACGCCAGACCUACCGAGUUUGAGAAGUGUUUGACGGUAGGAGGCUUUCCUGUUCUAACACUCCUUUUUACAAUAUUUUGAUAUAAGGAACUCCGAGAAUCUAGUAACCUGGCGGCAGGUGACCGUGAUCGCUUUUGGGAGGCUGCUGCUUCAAGCAAGGGCGAUGUGGGUUAGUGGGCGGGGCCAAGUAUCUGGAGUUGGGGGUGAGCUCUUUGCUGUAAGGUUUUUCAUUUUAAAAAGAAGCAGAUUCACUUGUCUAAUGGAGUGUGGCGCAUUACUUUGAUCUGUGUCUAAGUUCAUCUCAGCCACUGAAGCUGUACGCCAGGGCAACUGAAACGAAAUGAUCGUUGUUGAAACUAUAGCGGAGAGAAGGGUGGUGGUCCUUGGAUAGAAACUGGAAUGCUCAAUGGAGUGGUGUGGAUUAUAACAUUGCAUUUGAAUCAGAGUCCUGCAUGUCCGAUCGAAGAUGAGACUAGUGGAGUAUUUGUUUUGUGUGUUUUCUUUGCAGCGUCUGUGGUUCCAGCUGGACUGUGCUUUGGCUUUGCAGGCUGUGCCAAGAGUCGCCGUAUCCUUUACCGAACAAAAGCACAAAUCUCAUUUCACAAUGGAUGACAUUUCUAACUACAGUGUGUUCCUGGUUCAUGAAAGUAGCAGGACUCUAUAUGUAGGGGCAAAAGACUACAUAUUAGCUCUCAGCUUGGAUUCAGUCAAUGACAACCCAAAAUGGAUAGAGUGGAAAGUGCCAAAACAGCAUCAGGAUUCAUGCGCCCAGAAAGGAAAAAAAGAGAUUGACUGCCAUAACUAUAUUAGAAUCUUGGAGUUUCUCAAUGAUGAUGAGCUUUUUGUAUGUGGUACUUACUCCUUUGACCCCCAGUGCAUUCGAAUUAACCUGGAAGAGUUCCAGUUAGGUAAACUGAUAAGUGAUGAAAAGAUGGAGAAUGGACGUCGGAAAUGCCCGUUUGAUCCAUCUCAAAAGUAUGCAGCAGUUAUGGCUGAUGGUGUGUUGUAUGCUGCCACUGUCAACAACUUCCUAGGUACAGACCCCCUUAUCUCAAGAGCAACAGGAAACCUAGAUUCAGGAAUAAGAACUGAUGCCACAGCAGUCUGGCUGAGUGAUCCAGAUUUUGUGGGCUCAGCCUUCGUGAGAGAAAGCCAACAUAGUGAUAUUGGUGAUGAUGAUAAAAUCUACUUUUUCUUCACUGAAACAGCCAGAGAGUUUGAUUUUUAUCAGAAGGUCAAAGUCCCUAGAGUCGCUAGGGUUUGUAAGGGGGAUAUGGGUGGUUUAAAAACUCUACAGAGGCGUUGGACAUCUUUUGUGAAGACACAACUGGUCUGUGCAGAUCCAGAUUCGGAAAAUGGAAUUCACUUCAAUAUACUUAAAGAUAUGUUUACCCUGCAGUCUGAGCCUAAUGAUUGGUCAACUACAGUAUUCUAUGGCAUUUUUGUCUCUCAGUGGAAAAAAGGUGAAGUUUCUGCUGUGUGUUCAUACAGUAUACAGGAUAUUCUUGAAGCCCUUAAUGGAAAGUUUAAGGAGUAUAAUCGAGACUGUGAAAAAUGGGCAACAGUGACGGGAGUUAUCCCUGAACCUCGUCCUGGCUCUUGCAUCACCAGUCAAAUGAAAGCAAUGUCAUUCAACACAUCACUGGACCUGCCAGAUCGCGUUCUGAACUUCAUCCGUGAUCACCCUCUCAUGGAUCAGCCAGUGCAUCCAAUAGAUAAGAGACCAAUACUCGUGAAGCCAGACACCAACUAUGAGACGAUUGCCGUAACCAGAGUGGCUGCUGUCUCAGGAUCCAAAAGUCAUUAUGAUGUCUUGUUCUUAGGCACAGAUAAAGGACACAUACACAAAGCAGUGAAGAUUGGUGCUCAGGCUGUCAUCUUGGAGGAUAUAACACUGUUUGAGAUAAACCAGCCUAUUCAGAACUUGCAGCUUUAUCAGGACUCUCUAUAUGUGGCUUCUUCUAGCAGUGUUGUCCAUCUUCCCAUAGCAAACUGCAGCAAGUUCAGGAAAUGCCAUGACUGCAUCCUGGCCAGGGAUCCAUUGUGUGGCUGGGAUACAGAGCAGCUGAAAUGUGUGAAUCAGGAUGCAAAUGAAAGUCUCCUUCAAGAUGUCACAGGUGUGAACAAUAAUUCAUUUUGUCUUGAAGAAACUGAUGUGCCUGAAACCAGUCACGUUUCGGCAAUGACUGGCGCCCGUAUUGUGCUUGCCUGUCCCCCACCUUCAGCCUGGUCAUUCUGCAGCUGGUCAAAACCCACUGAAGGCAAUUUCUAUGUGCAACGUGAUGAUGGGUUGGAGCUCACAGUAAAAGAGGACACUUUAGGAGCUUACAUCUGCCACUGCAAGGAGAGUAAUAUCACAUGGCAAGUUGCUUCAUAUAGUGUUGCAAUGGACAAUGGAAAUAUCGAUCCCAUUCAGAAUACCAGAACGUACUUUUUUGCAGUUCCUUUUUGCCUAUUAGUAGGGGCCAUUUUAGGCUGUUUUGCCAGCUAUUUCUGCUGGAAAAAGUCAUCUUUGUAUUCGCAUACUACAGCAACACAGCAAAGGAAGAAUAGUCGAAGCCUUCCACACACUGCAACCUCAAGCAGCAGCCCGGAGAGUGCAGGAUCCCCCAUAGAUGAGCAGUGUCCACUGGCUUUGAAUAAAAAAAAUGGAAUGAUCAAUGGUUACACUGGUUAUAUUGACCAAAACUCGAUGUAUUGCAAUACAAUGUGUGUGGAUGGCACAGAUUUGUCAGCCUUCGGAGACAUACAUUUACAUAAAAUACAUCUUAAAGAUGCACCCAUUGCACACUGUGAGGAAAGUUCAAUAUAGAAUGCUGGUGUUUUUGUGUAUGUAUGAUGCACUGAAAUGUCAUGAAGAAAAAUAUUUUUACUGCACUGGUUAUAAUUGGGUAAUACACCCACAGACUACGUUACCUUCAUUAAUGCAGAAACUGCAUCCUGUAUUUAUUUUUUAUAACAGUCUGCUAACUCUUCACUAUGUGUACUGACCGUCAUAAUAGAGGAAGCAGAACACCUUUUGCAUCAGACUACUGAUAUGGUUAUUGUCCACUGAGGGCAAGCAGAAGUGGAUCCUAUUUGUUCUACAAAAAAAAAUGCUUCUGUAGAUGGUCUGCUACUGAUGGACUUGUAAGAUGAGUUCCUCAUGAAACAAGUGUACAUGUUUAAAGAAAACCUACUUCUGUGACCAUUUUAUUUUUUUAAAGGUUAUUGUUUUAUUAGACUAACUUAACCACAGAAGAUUUUUUCCUGUGGUCUGUUUUCCAUACUGAACUGUGUUACACACCUGAGCAUGCUCACCGAGAUGUUUAUUGUCUCUUAACUUAUUUUUCCCAUCGUAAUGGUUAGGGUGGUGUUUUUGUAAAGGACUGACAUUCUUUGUCCAUGUAUGAUGGGUAACUGAUGCACCUUUGUGAAGACUGUUUAGAACAUAGAACUAAACAUCAACACUUGCUUGUAUAUGUAAACUAUGCAUUUUAGAACUUCCUAAAAGAAAACUUGAAGUUUAAGUCUCCAAGCUUUUGUAUUUUUGGUAUGGAGAAGUAAUUUGACCAUGGUACUACCCACUAUAUUCUGUGAAAUGCUCAUUGUUCUACAUUGGAGAUGCUGACUGAGAAGUAAAGCCAUUAAUGAGAUAAAGAAAAAGACAAUUAAAAUUUUGUAAAGUUGCUAGCAGGGUCUCUCAUGUCUUUGACUGUGUAUUAAAAUAAUGUGUGUGCAUUUAAAAAUGUAUUGCUUAUGUUAGUGAUAACUGUGAAGACGUGAUAGUAAAUGCUGCAUCCAUAGUAAAAUUGUACCUGCUGAUGAAAAUUAUGCAAAUCCCACACAAGAACUGUUGGAUUAGUCCUUUAUAUAACAGCAUGGAGAAUUAUUUCUUUACUUCUUAGUAGAGCAAUUGUAAUUUUAGAUCUUUCUGAAUGCGUUGUCACUUAGCAAGGCGUAACUUAAUGAUAUCAUCUCUUCACUUUACAGCGUCUGAAAUGGGCUUUAUCGUUAAUGCAAUGUGAGAUCUGCCAUGUCCUGAUGGCACCUAUCUGCUGUGAUAUUCAUCCACAACCCCCUUUUUCCCAUUUUUGCCCUUGGGGUCAGGGAGUCACUUCAAUAGUGAUAUUGAUCUAGAGCCAAGGUUUACAUAACUGGGUAGCUAGCCCUGCCUCUGUAAUUCUUCCAUACCCUGCACUUGCACACACUUUCACACCUAUGCCUAAUUUAGAGUGUUCAGUCUACCUACAGCAUGUCUUUGGAAUAUGGGAGGAAGCUGGAGCACUCGAAAGAAGCCCACAUGAACAUAAGGAGAACAUGUAGAUUCCACACAUAAAUCACCCAGCCGAGAAUCAAACUUGGAAACCUCUUGCUCUGAGGCAACAACAGUGUCCUGCUGCACCACUGUGCCGCCUUACCCUUAUUGGGAAGCAUGGUCCCAACUUUCCUUAUGUACUAGCAUUAUGUUGCAUCAAAGUUAUAUUGCUAUUUUUAUUUCUGUGUUUCAAAGCAUGUUACUGGUACCUCAGUGUUGUGUAUGUGCCUAGUUUAUUUCUGUUUCUCUACUCAAAAUAUUGGACAGCAACGUGAAAAAAAAAAUCAGGAUUUCUUUAAGUAGGUCAUUAGACUGUUUGUGAUACUUGAGUAGUUUCAGCAUGUGAUUCUUCGCAGAUGUCAGAAUGCCAUUUUUGGAUUGUCUGGCUAAUGUGAUGGAAAUAUCCAGGGGAAGAAGUUGAACAUUUUUGAGUACAGUUCUGGAAUAAGAGGAAACAACAGCUGUCCAGACUUUGGUUUGACUUGUCAAAGAAGCUGUUGGGGACCUUGACAUGUAUUGUUCUUCCUUCCACUACAGGCUUAAGUUGUUAGAGCUUCAAGCUGGGUCGUAGUUCACUAGGUCUUCAUGGUUCAGCCCUGUAAACCUGCUUAAAAGAAAUACCAUUUGAAACGGCUCCAUGUACUGUGGCAACCUUAGUGUUCAGAGUCAAUAAUGAUCGUACACACAGGUCAUAGUGUAUAGCACAGCACUCAUAGGAGUAUGAAGAGAACAAGUGACCAUAAACCUUGGCAGUACUGCUUAAAAAAAAAAGUACACCUUCACUAUUUUAAAAUGGAAUUUCUAAUUACAGUGAUAACUACUUGCAAUGCAAAACAUGAAGUUUAUAAAGAUUUAAAAUGCUUUGAUGAAAAGAUAUAUUGUAUGCAAAAUUCAUGCAACCAUGUGAGAUACUAUCAACCAGUAAAGUCAAGACAUUAUCACUCAUGAUAGUUAAAAUUGAUUGCCAUUAAGCCCAGGAUGCCGAUUGGCUUUUAAUUUUUAUUGUCACUGCUUGUUUAAUAAGAAUUUGAUGAACUGCAUUCCACCCCUUAUUUGUUCAUACAAGGUUUAUACAAACUGUGAAAUAAAUAUGCUUAUUCAGAA